CCCCCAUUCUCCGCCAUCUCCGUCCGAACCACCACCAAAUGCCACCACGCGCGUCGCCCCUCCUCCUCCGCCGCCGCCUCUCCACCUGCCCGCCCCACCGCGACCACCCCAAACUCGCCGCGCUGCUGGACGUCCUCACGUCGACGUCGACGUCCCCCACGCCGCUCCCACACGCGCUCUCCCGCGCCUUCCCGUCCCCCUCCGACGCCUUCCCUCUCCGCACGCUGCCCCGCCUCCUCCCGCUGCUCCCCUCCCCGCUUCUCUCCCUUCGUUUCCUCCUAUGGCGCCUGACCCCCUCCUCGCCGCUCCCCUCCCCGCAUGCUCUCUCCUCACUCGCCACCUCUCUCCCCGACCUCUCCUCCUCCGUACCGCUCCUCCUCUCCUCCUCCGCACAGCCCCUCCCACUCCCGCACUACGCCCUCCUACUCAACAUCUCCGCGCACGCCGGCCUCUUCCCCGCCUCCCUCGCCGCCCUGCGCCACAUGCGGUCCUUCGGCCUCGUCCCCGACGCCGCCUUCUUCCACUACGCCCUCCGCGCGGCGGGCUCUGCCUCCGAUGUCUCCGCCGUGCUUGAGAUCAUGGCCGGGUCCGGCGCCUCUCCGACCGUGCCGGUGAUCGUGACCGCGGUGCAUAAGCAGGCGUCCGCUGGGAACUUUGAGAGCGCCCGCCGGCUGAUCGAUAAAAUGCCGGAGUUCGGGUGCGUGCCCAAUGCUGUGGUUUACACCGCAUUGCUCGAUGGGAUGUGCAGUUUAGGGAACGUGGAUGGCGCGCUGAGGUUGAUCGAGGAGAUGGAGAGCAGCGGUUUGGAUGCAAAUUGUGCACCCAACGUGGUGACCUAUACAUGUUUGGUGAAAUGCCUCUGUGGGAAUGGGAGGGUGGCGGAGGCGCUUGGCGUGCUGGAUAGGAUGGCAGAGAGAGGGGUGAUGCCAAACCAGGUUUUUGUGCGGACACUGGUCGAAGGGGUUUGCACAGAGCGGAGGGUGGCUGACGCAUAUGAUGUGGUCGAGCGUGUGAUCGGUGAUGGGGGCGUGUCGAGCGGGCAGUGCUACAAUGUUUUACUCAUUUGCUUGUGGAGGGUUGACAUGACACCUGAAGCUGAAGGACUGGCGCAGAGGAUGAUGAAGAAAGGGGUGCAGUUGACCCCGCUUGCUGGCAGUUCAAUGGUGAGGGAGCUCUGUGUGAGGAAGAGGUCGCUGGAUGCUUGCCACUGGUUGAGAAUGAUGGAGGAGAGUGGCGUGCUGUGUGACUCUGACGUGUACGGAACUCUGUUGCUUGGUCUGUGUGAGGAAGGGCAUGUCCAUGAGGCAUCAGCAUUGGGGAGGAAGGUUGUGGAGAGGGACAUCCACGUAGAAGCAUCUUGUACUGAACGUUUAGUGGAGUUGCUGAAGCAAUAUGGUGAUGAGGAGCUAGCAUCUCAUUUAUUAGGAUUGAAACAGUGCGCUGGAGGGUUGUCAUUGUCAUUGUAAGCAAUGUGCAUUCUUCCCAACCCUCAUGCGUGAGAACGCCAAGAACAGUGCUUCACAGUCUUGUUGGGAAUUUGCCUGAGAACAGCUUCAACAAAUUGGAUUGGUGCAGUCAUGAUGCUACGUUUAGACUGUUGCUUGAUACAGCAUGGAACAGAAUUCAAACAAAGUGCUGCUGAAUUACUUGCUUCUUUUGAAUGAAAUUGCUGAAGAACAUCAUGUAGAUCCAGAGGACGCUUGGCGUCUUGUAAACUACCAUUUUGAUCACUUCUCAGGUACAUCACCUUGUCUCCCAGGCUGAUGACAUGCUUGGGCAAGUGCUGUGCCUGUCAGUCAAACAUGUUAGAUCUGUUUUAUGAACUUGCAACCCUAGGAAGUUUUGUACAAUGGUGCUAAAGUUAUUUUACAUGAUACGUGCUCAAGCACCUACUCUGGUAUGUUGUAACUUUUUCGAAUUACUCUCAGUUUUUGCUGUCCCCUUUUCUGAAGGAACAGAAAAGAGAGCUUGCUUUAUCAAUUUCUUGCAACCUGUUUGUAUUAUUAAGCACAGCCUGCACAUAAAUUUUGCCCACAUUGCUUUUCAGGAACAUUUAGUUGAAGUGAGACUGAGAGUUGCAUGUACAUAAAUGUUCGACUGGAAGCAGCGGUCAAGUGGGAGUGCUUUCACAUAAACCGUACUGCAGAGGCUGCAUUCACUAGCAGUAUUCAAGUUCAGGACCAUUCUGACUUGCAAGUUGCAACCGGAAUAUGACCUGUUGCUGGGAUUUUGCUGACGGGAAGACAGUGAGGCAUUAAACUCUGAAGAAAAUUGGCGUUUCAGGAGAACUUUGACAUCUGCUGAGAUAAAAAGUCACGUA